UUUAUUCUCACCACUCAUGCUUUGUGUGCAUUUGUGUGAGCUGAUGCAAUCGAAUCCAAUGUGAAACAAAACAGUAAGGUACUCUCUAUUGCUGUGCUUAUCUUCUUCUUCCUUCCAUUUCCAAAAACACCAACAGAGCUACUGAAAUCAACGUUAAAUCGAAAAUCACACCCCUGAUCCUCUCAUUCCAACCAUACGAUCACUGCUCCUCCUCUGCUACCAAUAAUCCCAGCUCUUUCAUGUCUUCCGACGAUGAGACUUUUGUUGCUGCAAACUUAAUUUCGCGGCAACAUUUUUUCCUCGACCAUGUCCAUAUAUUGGGGCUCUUUCUGGCUCUUUGUGUUUUUGUAGUCAUAAAAACCUUAAGGCAAAAGAAGCAACAUGGCAUACCAGUUUGGCCAGUGCUUGGCAUGUUCCCCUCUCUGUCUCUGGCGGUACUUGGUCUCCAAAACAACACAUAUGAGUGGCUCUCCGAAGCUCUUUGCCUCAAAAACGGAACGUUUCGAUUCAAAGGCCCUUGGUUUAGCUGCCUCUUUGGAGUCAUCACUUGUGACCCUCGUAACUUGGAGCACCUUCUCAAGACCAAGUUCUCCAAUUACCCCAAAGGCCCUUAUUUCCUAGACACCGUUAGAGAUUUUCUCGGGGAUGGAAUAUUCAGCGCGGACGGUAUGAAUUGGCAGUGCCAAAGGAAAACGGCGAGCAUUGAGUUCCACUCAGCCAAGUUCCGGAAACUGACGGUGGAUUCCUUGUUUGAGCUGGUUUACGCUCGGUUGUUACCUGUCUUGGAGGACUCCAUAAAAAAUUCGACCCAAAUCGACCUCCAAGACAUUCUUAUGAGGUUGACUUUUGACAACAUUUGCAUGAUCUCAUUUGGGGUCGAUCCCGGUUGCUUGCAGCGGGGUUUACCCAACAUACCAUUUGCUCAGGCUUUUGAGGACGCAACGACGGGAACGCUGAUGCGCUUUGUAAUCCCCACGUGCGUAUGGAAGGCCAUGAGGUGCCUCAACUUGGGUGGAGAGAGGAAGCUUAAGAUGUCCAUAAGAGAAGUGGAUGAAUUCGCAGAUGAUGUCAUCCGGACAAGAAAGAAAGAACUAGCUUCACUGCUUAAUAGUAACGAUGAGAUUUAUUCAGAGAAGAAGCAAAUUAAACCAGACCUGUUAACGGUGUUUAUGGGGUUGAAAGACGAGAAGGGAGAGGCGUCUUCAGAAAAGUUCUUGAGGGAUAUAUGCGUUAACUUUAUAUUGGCGGGGAGAGACACGUCAUCCGUGGCAUUGAGCUGGUUCUUCUGGCUGCUUCAUCACAAUCCGGAGGUGGAACACAAGAUUCUUCAAGAAGUACGCAACAUUGUGGGUACGAGAUCAUCAUCGGAUCACAAUAAUGAUGAAAUAACAGUAUUCAAGCCGGAAGAUAUAAAGAAGAUGGAGUAUCUUCAUGCAGCUAUAUCAGAGGCUCUAAGGUUGUACCCUUCGGUUCCACUCGAUCACAAGCAGGCAGUUGAAGACGACAUAUUUCCUGAUGGAACGAUACUGAAGAAGGGGACGAGAGUGAUAUACUCAAUUUACAGCAUGGGGAGAAUGGAGGCGAUUUGGGGAAAGGACUGUAGGGAGUACAAGCCUGAGAGAUGGCUACAACCUUCAGAUGGCCGUUUCAUGAGUGAAUCUGCCUACAAAUUUACGGCUUUCAAUGGCGGUCCUCGCCUGUGCUUGGGCAAAGAUUUCGCUUAUUAUCAAAUGAAGUUUGUUGCUGCCUCUAUCAUCUAUCGAUACCAUGUGAAGGUGGUCGAAAAUCAUCGGGUGGAGCCAAAGCUCGCACUGACCAUGUACAUGAAGCAUGGCUUGCAGGUCACUCUCCACAGACGUGACCAUGCAAGCUGAGCGCCAAAAUUUACUAGAAAUUAUAUUAUAUUAAUAUUGGAGAUGUGUUUUCCCUUUCGUUUUCGUCGAUUGCGACAUUGUUGCUGUUUAUAGAUAAAUAGUGUCUUGGAGUUCUGUAGCCUGGAGGAGUCGUAAAGGAACUGAAUUUCUAUAUAAAGCAGAAUUAUUGUGAGACCGUUCA